AUGAGGCCUGCUAGCUUCUCUCUAUUCCUCUUCUUCUUGCUCUUCAUCCAUGGCACCAAAGCUAAGAAUCUCAUCCAUGAAACCUGCAGAACAUGUGCCCAAAGUGACCCAAACAUAAACUACACCUUCUGUGCAUCAUCCCUUCAAGCAGCUCCGGCGAGCCGGCGUGCCAGUGUCCGGGGACUCGGGUCGAUCUCAAUCACUCUCAUUGAACACAACGUGACUGACACAAGGCAUUUUAUCAAACAUUUGAUGGGCAUGAAAUUGGAUUCGUAUGUAAAGGAAUGUUUGAGUGAUUGCUUUGAUCUUUAUACAGACGCUAUAGAUUCAGUACAAAAGGCCAGGGAACAGUACAAUUCUAAGCAGUACGAUGAAGCUAACGUAGUGAUAAGUACAGUUUUGGACGCUACAAGUACUUGUGAAGGUGGGUUUACGGAGAAGAAAGGGUUAGUUUCACCAUUGACGGAGAGGAAUAACGAUACGUUUCAGUUAUCCGCCAUUGCUCUUUCUAUUAUGCAUAUGGUGCAGACUGGGUAA